AUGAAUGUGGAUGAGAGUUUUAGGAGAUUGCAUCAACAAUUUGAAAGCUAUAAAGAACAAGUGAGAAAAAUAGGUGAAGAAGCCCGCCGCUACCAGGGAGAGCAUAAGGAUGAUGCACCAACAUGUGGAAUUUGCCUUAAAACAAAGUUUGCAGAUGGUUGUGGCCAUUUAUGCUCUUAUUGUCGGACCAAGUUCUGUGCCCGAUGUGGAGGUCGUGUUUCUCUACGAUCAAACAACGAGGACAAAGUGGUUAGAAUCAAUGCUUUUUAUCAUUUAUUAUAA